AGCACCUUAGAGGCUGCUGUGAGAGAAAGUGAGAUAAAAGGAUAUCGAAUUCUCAGCCAGGGCUGGACACACAACAUUAGUUAUUCCCACAGCAGAUCAGCACAGCAGACAGCAACUGUCCAAAGGGAGCUUUGAAGGGUGUUUAGGGUCUGAAUGUGAAGCCUAAGAAGAGACAAGAAUGUGAAUGGCAAGUAAUCUGCCCUGUGGCCAAAGCAGACUUCAUGAUGAAGCUGGAAAGACCACCUAGGAAGCUUCUGAAAGCGAGAACAAUCAACCCAAGACGCUGCCCGUCUCGCCCCGCUGCUGCAGCCAGGCCCCGCGGGAGGGGACUGCCAACAUGGCGAGUCCGAGCCCGGGAGACGGCCAAGGAGUCUCCUACGAGCGCCAAGCCCCAGAGCCUCUGAGUGACCUCCGUGAGGAAGAUGGUGCUACAGGUUUGGAAAAAGUGGAAAAAGAUGAAAAACAAAUGGUGAUAAAACGAAGCAGAGAGUGUAAUGCCCUGACACAGAAACUUAUUGCUUCUACUCAGUUUGUUGGUGCUGCAGUGACAGAAUGUCAUAAACCUGUCCUCUGUGGAUGGGAAAGGAUUGUGAAGCAAAGGUUAUCCGGGAAAACUGCAGGAAGAUUUUAUGUGUACUUUAUCAGCCCACAGGGACUGAAGUUCAGGUCCAAAAGUUCACUUGCUAAUUAUCUUCGUGAAAAUGGAGACACAGCUCUAGAGCCAGAAGAUUUUGACUUUUCUGUACUUUCUAAAAGGAACAUCAAAUCAAGAUGUAAAGGCUCUAAUGUGGCAGCCCUGACAGCCCAACAGCAGAAUGAAAGUAACAUUUCAAACUGGAACCUUCGGACUCGAAGCAGGUGGAAAAUGGAUGUUUCUCCUCUGCCAAGUAGUAUUUCAGAGUUGCAAGAUAACAGAGGACCAUCCAACCUUGAUUCCAUCGGUAUGCCUUUGAAAGAAGAAGAGCACGUUAAUGGUGUUAGCUCUGAUAAGGUUAGGAAGUUCAAAGGAAAAGUGACUGUUUUGAAAGGAAUUCAAAUUAAGAAAACCAGAAAACAGUGCAGGAACAGUCUUUCAGAUUCUCUCCAAAGUAACACAGAAAGAGACUCUGUGUUUAAUAAAGCAGAGGCUAAAAGCACAUCUGUUACACAAGGAAAUUGGCUUAAUAGAACUUUGUGCAUUUCUGAUGCCACAGCAGCCAGUGGUACCUUCAGUGUGACUGAGAAGGAAAAGAGCCUCAUAAAAGAAAAAUCACCAAGCUCAGCAUCAGAUUUUCAUUUUGAGCAAAUAACGUCUGGUAUCACAAACAAAUCAUGUCCAACCACAGAAGCAGAACAUGAGAAGUAUGAGGAGAGCUUUUUAGAAUCAGAGGAAAUGAGAACAAAAGUAGAAGACAGACAAAGAAAGGAACAUUUGCAUACUGACCUUUUACAGUGUGGCUCUGAAGUAGACAACAGCUGCUCACAAAGCAGGAAAGACUUUACUUCUGAGAAAAUAUGUACAGAAGAAAGCAGCCCGCGAACACACACAGAAAAGCGGAAGACAAGCCAGUACUUCUCUAGCAAGUAUAGCAGAGAAGCUCUUAGCCCUCCUCGACGCAAAGCCUUUAAGAAGUGGACCCCGCCUCGGUCACCUUUUAAUCUCGUCCAAGAGACACUGUUCCAUGACCCGUGGAAGCUCCUCAUCGCAACGAUAUUUCUCAAUCGGACCUCAGGUAAGAUGGCAAUUCCUGUACUCUGGGAGUUCCUGGAGAAGUACCCCUCGGCCGAGGCAGCGAGAGUUGCAGACUGGAGAGACGUGUCGGAGCUGCUUAAACCCCUCGGCCUCUAUGAGCUCCGAGCCAAAACCAUUGUCAAGUUUUCAGAUGAGUACCUGACGAAGCAGUGGAAGUAUCCGAUUGAGCUUCAUGGGAUCGGCAAAUACGGCAACGACUCUUACCGGAUUUUUUGCGUCAAUGAGUGGAAGCAGGUACACCCUGAAGACCACAAGCUGAACAAGUACCAUGACUGGCUUUGGGAAAAUCAUGAAAAGCUGAAUCUUUCCUGAAGCCUUUGUGUGCCCUAGACUCUCACACUGUGCAUUGCACCUUGCUUUCUAGGCCCUCUGCAGAGCAGACCAGCCACCUUUCCAGUGAGUCCAGCCCAGUGCAUGCUUCCUCCGCUCGUGUGCUGCUGGUGGGGCUGUUACUGAAGGCACUAGAAGAUUCUUUGAGAUGUAAAUAACAGUUCUAAACAUAUAUGUGACUUUUCAGAUACUGACACUGAUGUAAAGAUUUAAAAAGGCUUUUCUACACUACCAGUAAUGCAGAGCACAUUUCUGUCAACACUGCUAAAGAUUAGACUUCCUGUUCUUUCUAUACAAAAUAAUAUGUACACAAUUGUUACAUGGAGAAUCAUAGAAUUUGUCAUUUUUAUAGGUAUUAUAAUAUCGUAAUUCAAAUACUGAAAGACUUCCCUUAGAAUCACAAACAGAAUCAUCCUAAAUUACUAAAUCUUAAAUGAUCUCCAUUUUAACGUAUAAUUUGAAAAUAAAAUUGUACCUCCCUCUCCCCAAGACAGACAUCCCCUUCAUAAGGACCCAACCUAUUUUAAUUCAACAAAAUACAUUCUUAAGCCAUGGUGGUGCACACUGUGAUCCCAGCCCUAGGGAGGCUGAAGCAGGAGGAUUGCCUAGUGUUGAAAGCCAGCUUGGACCACGUAGUAAGACCUCUCUCAAAACACCAAAACAAACAAAAGUAUGUUCUAGCACAUUCAGUAACCAAGAGCUGUCUGUGGUGCAUGUUAAGAAAAUCCAAACCAGGCUUCUCAGUGGACCACUGAAAAUCUGUGCUGGUUUGCUGGUAGAGCUCAUAACAUUGAAGUACAGAGUAUUCAAAGGUUUUACAGAUUAAAUUAAGUAGAAAAUCAAUAAAAAUGUUAUAUUUUUUUAAACUUUAUUUAUU